AUGACAGCAUCUCUGGGAGUAGGUAAAGCACGUUCUGACAAGAAUGCCAUUCAAUACAUGCUCAAGAUGUGUGCUAACAUGGAUGUAGUGAAGUUAUCCACUGUUCAGAAACAUAAAGAGAGCUUGGAAAAGGUUGUCAACAAGCCUGAGGAAGGAUUGGUUGUAGUGACAGAUAGACCUGAGGAUUCAUUUGCAGAUUUAAUACAGGAUAUCAUGUAUCAGGUCUUCAAGUAUAUCAACUCAAGCCCAGGAAGCUCCGUUCUCAGCACUACAGUUGAAAAGCUUUCCAGUCUACGAAGCAGUAACCAUUCCAGAGAGAAUUUCAACCAUGUUCUGUGCAAGCUGAAGGAGGAGAUAGCAAAGAAUUCUCAAUCUAGCGAUUUACAGCUCAGUCUCAUGACGUGUGCAAAAUAUCUCAAGGUAGUCACUACAUUCAAACUUCCAAGUUUCUACAAAUAUUAG